CUAGCAAGAAACCAACGUAACACAGCCUAACGUAGCCUAACUCGCCCUACCACAGCUCAUCUCUGCAAGGCUGCCACUGGUCCCUAAUAGAGGAUUGGGUUAAUGGACCUUUUGAUUGUACACGCGAGCAUGCGUACGUGUCUCUCUGUAUCAGUCAAUGUCUUCCUGCUUACAUCAUGCUCGGCUGCGUCCGCGUUUGCAGGAGGCUAAGGCAUGUGGCUGGGAGGAGCGUGACGUAUCGAUAUUGGCAGACGGGUAUUAAUAUGAGGAGCGAUGGCUUGGGUUUCCUCCCCGCAUCAACACCUGCAACUACAACCACAUCACAACACUUACAACUAUCAGCGUCUACCGUAUUCAAGAUGCCUUCUUUCAUUGUCACUCUCAAGGACGAUGUGUCCGAUGACCAGCUUGCCGCAGCCAAGCAGAAGGCUAAGGAUGCCGGCGGCAAGAUCACCCACGAGUACACCCUGAUCAAGGCCUUUACCGUUGAGUACCCUGAGGGCACAGUCCACUCGCUCGCCGAGGACCCCUCAGUACAGACUGUCGAGGAGGAUAAGGAGAUGAGGACGCAGUAAAUGGAGCUCUCUAUUCUGUUCUUGUUGCAUCUACAUCUACAUACAUCUACAAUAGAAAGACGUAAUAUAGAGAUUCUAUCCACAUAUUAAU